AUGUCCACACAGGAAGAGCAAUCAGCGUCAAUGAACGCAGAGGGUGGCCUAAAUGCAGGAGCAAAUGCGUCUGGCAGCGCCCAAGCAAACAGCAAAUCCGUCAAGAAGACCCCCAAAAAGCUAGGCGGUCAAAAACCACCACAGCAACAGCCAACACCAUCUCCCGAAGAAGAUGAUGCCGAUGCUGGAGCUGACCAGCAAGCUUCGGUCGAGGCCGACGCAGAGCAAGAACCAGAGCCAGAGCAGCAACGCCAACCAUCUCGCCGACGMCAAAGCCGUGGACGUGGUCGCAAAGGAGGAGCCGCGGUUCAGGAGAGCGACACCGAGUCUAUUGCUCGCAGCGACGUCAGUGCAUCUGGAGGUCGCCGUCAGAGGCAACGUGCGAAGAAACAGGGCGCCCAAUCCAAAAACUCUGGAGGUGGACCGCUCGACGACAUCACAGAGCAGGUUCCUGGCGGCGAAGUCGUUAACCAAGCUGGCGACCUCGUGCAGAACACUGCUGGCGAUGCGGUUGGUCAAGUUGGAGACACGGCUGGGAAAGCUCUAGGUGGUCUGACUGGUGGAGGUGGAGCCGGCAAAGCUCUCGGUGGCUUGACUGGUGGCGGUGAGGACAAGGAGAAGAAGCCGGAGGAGGGAGAGGGUGGCGAACAGCUUCGUUUGAGAUUGGAGCUCAAUCUUGAUAUCGAGAUUCAGCUCAAGGCGAAGAUUCACGGUGACUUGACGCUGGGUCUAUUAAACUGA